UUGUACAUCAUGAGAAAUUUUAGUAAUUUAUUUAGAAUCAUUCAAAGAACAUGGCCGAGUAUGAGACGAUGGAAAUCCGAUAAAAAAGCAAAAAAUACAUUCAAAUGUCCCAAGAAGCCUGCAACAGUGUACGAUUGCUCUCCUAACAUGAUCGAACGUGGCAUAAAUGCGGUGGACCCAAUUAAUGUAGAUCUGUCUUUCCCGGAGCCACGCGUCGUUAUUAUUGGUGCCGGCAUGGCAGGCCUUUCGACCGCUGCUCGCCUCUUCGACCGCGGCAUUGAGAAUAUAGUAAUACUGGAAGCUUAUCAAAGGCCAGGAGGACGCAUCCAUUCGUGUUGGCUCGGUGAUGUCGUAGCGGAGCUCGGCUCUCACUCGAAAGAAGAUAAUUGCGCCACACAUCCAGUUUAUAAGCUGGCUGCUUCAGAAGAUCCUCCACGACCCGGUGUUCCUGCUGCUGUUCACAGUCGUGGCUUAUUUACCAGAGCUGUUAGUGGAAAUAUGCCAUUCACGCCAACCAUAACAGCUUACUACAAAUUUCGACAGAUCGAAGAAGAAGCUGACGCUAUAUAUUGCUUAGGUGGAAGCAAGCAGCAUGGUUCCCUUAUUAAUUUCAUGAGUCUAAGAAUACAACAAGAGCUACACCAGUUCCCUGAAGAACACCAGCACGACGCAGCAAGAAUAAUGUUUGGUAUGUGCCACAUGCUGAGCGCGCGUUGCGGCAGUGACACGUCGAUGCUUUGUGCAGAUCACUUUGGUUGUUUUAUGAAUAUGGCGGGCGGAGAAGUUCGGGUUCCCUUAGGAUUAAUUGGUAUCUUAGCGCCAAUACUGCGCAAGAUACCGGAAGGUGCUAUAAGAUAUUGUAAGCCUGUUAAUUGCGUGUAUUGGGGAACUUGUCCAAAGUCCCUACACAGAGCGGUAGUUGUAACUGACGACGGUGAAGAAUUUCCGGCAGACUACGUCGUUGUCACUAUAUCUCUGGGUGUAUUGGCACAGAACGCAAUCAAAAUGUUCUGCCCAGCUCUACCGGCUGCAAAAAUGGAUGCAAUGCGAUGUCUCGGGUUUGGACAUUGUAACAAAAUAUAUUUAGAAUACGAUCGCCCAUUUUGGUAUUGGCAACAAUCUGAUUUAAAUUUCAAGUUUACAGGCUCUGAGCUUUAUAGCCGUUGUGAUUGGACUAGAGGUAUUAAAUCAUUAGGAAUAGUAUCUAACAGCAAACAUGUAAUGUGUUGUUGGGUGACUGGACAGGAGGCUAUUUUUGUGGAGGGGAUAUGUGAUAAAGAUGUGGCGGAGGGUGUUACAGAUUUAUUGCGGUGUCUUACAGGUACGUGUGUACCGUAUCCAGUAGCAAUUCUAAGAUCCUACUGGUCGUCGGAUCCUUACUUUUGUGGUGCUUAUUCAUUUGACAAUGGCUGCUCAGAUGGUUCAGCACAGCGAGCACUAGCCUGUCCUCUGCCAGGGCCCAAUGAGCCCAUUCCACCAAUUCUGCUGUUUGCUGGAGAAGCGACUGUUCCAGGUCAUUUUGCAACAGUCUCUGGCGCCAGGAUAAGUGGCGUCAGAGAAGCAGAGAGGAUUGUGCAACUGACUGUACAUUAUCAGGGGCCUCCUGUUCCUAUCGACAUGGUGAAGCAAUUAGAAAAUAAAGAAAAAGAAAAACAGAAAAAAGACAACAGCAAAGAGGACGACAACGGUGAUUAACUGUGUUGUUUUACUUUAUAUACCAUCAAAAGUUCUUUACAUUUUUUGCAAUGUUUAGUGAUUCAGAGGAAUCUGAAGGUGUUAUAUAAACUUUCUUAAUGUUUUAAUCUAGAACAGAACCCAUGUCUAGUUACUAACUUAUCUUUACGAACUUUCACGGAACUCCCUCUCGUUAGUUUGAAAGACUGAUGAUACUCUGUAUCAUUUUCAUGUUAUCUUGCACCAUGUCUUUAUAAUAUUGCACCUACAAUUUGUUCAAGUUAAAACAAUACUCAUUGUUUGAAGCCUAUUUAUUGGACAGGUGAAACCUUCUUUUUCAGCUUUAACGCAAAUGUACUAUAAUAAUAAUGCCUAUAUUAAUUUCUAGUUGCUGGCUCACACUGAAAAAAAUUACUUUUUUUGCAGAAACCCAAGAGUUGAACCAAUUUAGAUCACUUACACAUUUUUUUUAUAGAACUUUAAGAUAUUUUGGGCCAAAAGUAAAUACUC